UGGAGCUACCUCUACGGGGACGGUGUUUAUGGUAACACUGGAAAAAUUAGAAAUUAGCAACGUUUAUCCGUUCAUUUACACAGUACUGUGCGAAUUAAUUUAUUGGUCAUUGUAUGCACAGCGAGGUUUCUUGAAGAGUACAGCGAAGCCGCAUACACGAGCUCCUGAUGAAGGUCUGUAGGUAAUAGUUUGAGAGCCUUGUAAGACGCCAUGUCUGAAGAGGCAAUUUCAGAAAGUGACCUGGAGCCCAGCCUUAACAGUGAAGAGGAGUAUUCGGAAAACGAGGAAGAGGAGGACAAUGAGGACGUGGAGGAAGAUGAGGAUGAAAAUGAUGGAGACGAUGAAGAAGAUGAUAGUGUUGAACGGCCUGUUAGUGCCCAGGGCAGGACAGAAACAGGUCAGGAUGGCAGGGACUCCACUUCAGCUACCUCUGGAGAGCCGUCCUCAGAGCCUCCGUCUGAGCCCGCGUCCCGCCCGUCCUCCAGACCCCCUUCUCGCUCUCAGCCUCCAAUCAGCCCGGAAAACUCAAGCCAGAGCAAGCCAGCUUCCAGCAAAACAAAGAAACAUAAAACCUCUAAAUUAACCAAAUCUUCUAAGUCUUCAAAAGGCUCCAAGCCAUCUAAGCCUGCACACAUGAGGAAGAAUAUCAGAAAGCUGCUGAAAGAGGAUCAACUGGAGGCGGGGACCAAAGCUGCUCAACAGGAGGAGAUGGACAGGCGGAAGCGUCUGGAGCAGCAGAGGAAGGACUUCCCUACACCAGCCUCGACUGUCCCAGACUCUCAGCUAGUCGACACUGCUUCAAUUUUAGAAGUAUCUCACUUGGUCCCUGCUCUCCUGAGCAAGCAGGAUGUGAUCUGUCUGGACAGCAGUGGGGAUGAAGAUGAAAAGGUGGACCCCACGCUGCCUUCACUUGCCAUUAGAGACGAUAUAAUUGAGCUUAGUUCUGGGGACGAGGACGCCCUGCAGAUAAGCAGCGAGUCUGCCGAUGAGGAUGCUGAUGGCACGGCCGCCUCAGAGGAAAGCAGUGGAGCGCACAUCAACGACGCCAUGAAUCUGCCUGAUGCCCAGGGUCGAGUGCUGGUUAAUAUCGGUCACCCUGCAGAGGAGAAAGACAUUUACCUCGCUCCACAGCUGGCCAAGGCCGUCAAACCUCACCAGAUCGGGGGAAUCCGGUUCCUCUAUGAUAACCUCAUUGAGUCUCUGGAGCGGUAUAAGACCAGCAGUGGCUUUGGCUGCAUCCUCGCUCACAGCAUGGGGUUGGGCAAGACGCUGCAGGUCAUUUCCUUCACUGACAUCCUACUGAAGAAUACUGAGGCUCACACUGUGCUGGCCAUUGUUCCUGUGAACACACUUCAGAACUGGCUGACCGAGUUUAACCUCUGGCUCCCACCACAAGAAUCCCUUUCCCCUGACACUGACCCUGCACUCGUCACCGGCCGCACAUUCAAAGUUCACAUUCUCAAUGAUGAGCACAAGACGACGCUGGCCAGGGCCAAAGUUGUGGAGCACUGGUCCAGAGAUGGAGGGGUGUUGCUGAUGGGCUAUGAGAUGUACCGCCUGCUGUCCAUGAAGAAAAGCUUUGUGAUGGGCAAGAAGAGGAAAUCAAAGAAGCCCGCCGGACCAAUCAUCAUUGACCUGGAUGAAGAAGAUAGACAGCAGGAACUCAUGAAAGGUAUUGAAAGGGCCAUAGCGCGGCCUGGCCCAGAUGUGGUGAUAUGUGACGAGGGUCAUCGUAUUAAAAACUACCAUGCCAGCACAUCACAGGCUCUGAAGAACAUCCGCUCCCGGCGCAGAGUAGUCCUGACCGGUUACCCGUUGCAGAACAACCUUAUUGAAUACUGGUGCAUGGUGGACUUUGUUAGGCCUGACUUUUUAGGCACACGUCAGGAGUUCAGCAACAUGUUUGAGCGGCCCAUUCUGAACGGGCAGUGCGUGGACAGCACACCUCAAGAUGUCCGCUUGAUGCGCUACCGCAGCCAUGUGCUGCAUAGCCUGCUGGAGGGGUUCGUCCAGAGACGAGGUCAUGAUGUGCUGCGAGACCAUCUCCCCUCCAAGGAGGAGCAUGUGAUCUUGGUGCGACUCUCUCCCAUUCAGAGGGCGCUGUAUACCGAGUUCAUGAAACGCUUUCGAGAAGCAGGGAACAGUGGCUGGCUGGGUCUAAACCCACUCAAAGCCUUCUGUGUCUGCUGCAAGAUCUGGAAUCACCCAGAUGUCCUCUAUGAAGCCCUGCAGAAGGAGAAUCAGGCAAACGAGCAGGACCUGGACCUCGAUGACAUCACUUCAACUAGUAACCCCCGCUGCCCUGCACCAGGUUCUGGCCUCAAAGCCAAAGUGGCCGACUCGAGCAACAGCAAAGGCAACAACACCCUGCCACCACUCAAUCACUCUCAGGAAAGAGCCAAUCAAGUUAUCACAUAUGAAUGGGCAAAAGGCAUAAUGUCAAACUACAGCACAGGAGUUCUGGAGAACUCUGCCAAGAUGAUUCUGCUCUUUCAUUUGAUUGAUGACAGUGUAGGAAGAAGAGACAAGAUUUUGGUCUUUAGUCAAAGUUUGUCCACCCUGACGGUCAUUGAGGACUUCUUAUCGAAGAGAGCCAUGCCGAAAGGCAUCGCCUCCUCUGACGCCCAGAGCCAAAACUGGGUUCGCAACCUCAAUUACUACAGACUGGAUGGGAGUACUUCUGCCUCAGAAAGAGAGCGACUUAUAAAUCAGUUUAAUGACCCAGAAAACAACACAACGUGGGUCUUUCUCCUUUCAACAAGAGCGGGCUGCUUGGGGGUAAAUCUGAUUGGGGCCAACCGUGUCGUUGUGUUUGAUGCCUCCUGGAACCCAUGUCACGAUGCUCAGGCGGUGUGUAGGGUGUACCGCUAUGGUCAGAGGAAACCCUGCUACAUUUACCGCCUUGUCUGUGAUUUCACAUUGGAGAAGAAGAUCUAUGACAGACAAGUCUCCAAACAGGGCAUGUCUGACCGUGUGGUUGAUGACCUGAACCCAGUAUUGAACUUCACUCGUAAGGAAGUGGAGUCGCUGCUUCAUUUUGUGGAAGAGGAACCUGAUAAAAUCUCUCUGGAAUCCCAGGGGGAAUUUGAAAUAGUGAUGUAUACAGCUUGUCAGCUUUAUCCACACCUCAUCACCAAGCAACCUUUUCAUCACGAGUCUCUGCUGGUGGACCGGAAGGAGUCGAAGCUGACCAAAGCAGAGAAGAGAGCCGCCAAGAAGAGCUAUGAGGAUGAGAAACGAGCCUCUGUGCCCUACUCUCGCCCAUCAUACGCCCCCUACUACCCAACCAGUGAUCAGACGCUCACAAACAUACCAGCAUUUAACCAACGCGGCUGGCGUCCCAUGGCACGACCAGAUGACAAGCCUGUGGCAAGUGUCAGGCCCAUCCAGUCAACCCCGAUCCCCAUGAUGCCUCGCCAGGUCGGCAUGGGCAUGGCUGGCUCCAGCUCUGCCGGCAGCCUGCCUGUCAACUUCCUGCAGAAAGCUGGAGUUUAUGUACAGAGGAUCGUCACCACAACCGAUAUUGUAAUCCCAGGAGCCAACAGCACAACAGAUGUUCAAGCUCGAAUUAGUGCAGGGGAGAGCAUCCAUGUUAUCCGAGGAUCAAAAGGUACCUACAUCAGGACAAAUGAUGGAAGGAUCUUUGCUAUUCGUUCUGGAAAGAUCAGUAGGCCGGCAGUCGGGGGCUCUGCUGCUGCAAGAGACACCCAGGGUUCCCUGAUCCACCCACUCAGUAAUGGCUGUUCAUCGCCUGUGGAUCAACAGCAGGGCUCCCCCAACGGGGAGCAGCGGCCCUCCUCUCCCUUAAACUCUGAGAUUCUCAGAGAGUUCAGCCGCUACGCUGCAUCCACAAGUGAUGCGGGCAUGGGGAAUGAAUUGCCGUCACCGUCAGAAAUGUUGGCUGUACCAGCAGGGGAUGAAGGCAGUUCGCGAAACAAUCAGACUGCUGACCUCAGUAGGCAACUCGGUGGAGACCUCUUGAGCUCAGCUUUAGAGAUGCGAGGCAGCAAGCGCAGGAGUACUGAAAGCCAUGGCAACACACAAAUAGGAGGAAAACGCACUUCUGCUGCAACACGUUUCCCAGGACUGUCAAUGGGCUCCAGUGGGCUCAGUUUUCCCCCUGUGGGUCUGAACACGACCUCCCUACUGGGGAACCUAGGUCACAUAAGUCAUCCCCUUCUGAUGGAUGGUGGUGGUGGAUCGUCAUUCCUUCAGACACCAGGACAAACACUGGCUGACCUACCGACCAUGUUCCCCUCUGCAGGCUCGGACCUACUGAGACAGUCUGCCACAGGACACCUUCCCACCCCCUCCUCGUCCUCUCUGUCCACUGUUUUCUCCUCUGCUUCCACCACCAUCCCCAUGUCAUCUACACCCUCGGCAGCAACUUCUUCCUCCCUGGCGUCGGGUUCCCUGCCUUCGUACUUGAUGAAUCCCAACAUGGCUGGCCUGCUUUCGUCAGGCUUUCCUCUCAACUACAGUCCGUCGCUGCUUUCUGAGCCGAGGAUGUUCCCCACCUCUCUCCUCUCUGGCUCAGGGGGAUUCCCCACGCCUAACUCCAGCUCUACUGCAUCCAGUUUCCUCUCCCAUUUCAACAAUCCCACUUCCAGUCUGUUGGGGGCAGCUCUGACCCAGCCGGACCUACAUCCAAGUACGGAGAACGGCGGCAGUAGUUCUGAUGAUGAUGUAAUAGAGGUGACGGGACAGUAGAGACUCAAUAAGUCCUGGAGUUUCACACAUAAUUUGCAUUAGGGACGGGAAUGAUUGCACAUUUACUAUCUCAACAAAAUUGAUUCUGUUACAGUACCUACCCUAACCUAUGAAUGGAUAAUUGAAGGCCAGAUGCAUUGUUAUAUUCUGAUUGUGUGAGUGCAUCAGAAUGCACGGGAGUUAAAGAGAAAAAAAGGGAAAUUCUACAAUGAUGAAGUGACUGGUCUUUUUUGUUUUUAAAUCAAUUUUAAUCCUGAACACAUACUGUGAAGUUGGAAAAGAUUGUGAUAAGUUAAAUGUGUUUCGGCCUUGCUGUUAGACUAGCCAUUAAAACAGUUUAUAUCAUUCACAUAUUUACCAGUGAAAUUGCAAGUUAACGGCAUUCCCAUUCCUAAUGUUCUCAUUAAACUAUAUACACACACACACACACACACACACACACACACACACACACACAGACACAGACUCUCACCUGCAACUGAGAGAAUCAACUAUUACCUUAAUGACUGUACACAGUCAGAGUAACAAAUCGUUAUGCUGAAUAUCUUCUACUUGUUCAGCUGGAGCAUCAGAAUAGUGGGAACAGACCAUUAUUGUUCGGGGACCAGCUGACAUUUUUGUGGGCUUUUUAACCACAGCAUCUCCUGCUACACUUUAACACAAGGCCUCACCGUGCUGUUAGUUUUUGUUUUUUUUCUCUCCAUGAACGCAGAUGGCAUAAUGUGAGGAAAAACUGCUUCAUGUUGGAUUGUCUCAUGAUAUAUUGCUGUGAAACAGUCCGGUGCAAACCAAAAUUUGACAUUUCCGCAGUACUCACCUGCUGAAAACAAAUUAUACUAAUUUUAUUUCAGCACUGUUUCUAAUAAACAAUACUGGUAAGCUACAUAGUACAAUAAAUAACUACAGAACGUUGUUAAAAUCCACCGGACAAUAUAUUUAGAGAAAAUCCUUCGAGGCUUACCUUUAAUAACUGAAUCUUAGGCUUUCAGAGCGUAUUUUAGUCUUUAGCAAUUUGAUAGGCAUUGUAGCAUCCCCUGUUGAAUGGAUAUUAUGUGUGAUACUAUAACUGAACAUGUUGAUACUUUGUAAAUAGCAGUCAUUAUCAUUGUUUAUAUUGCAAGUCAAUACUGUGCAGUGUGUAGAUUUUGGUUGUAGAAAGAUGGUUUAUUAUUACAGUGACUAUCAUGAUAAACACGCUUUUGCAUUGAUGCUGGGGAAACAAAUGUACGUUCAACUUUAUAAUUUACCUCCCCCUCCCCCAUAAAACUACAAUGAAUGUACUUUGUUAGCCUUUGAUAAAACAGGGGCUGGGACAUGGAUUCGGACUGUGUUCUUUCAUUUUUAGCCUUAAAUAACACAAAGGGGUCUUGAGUCUUAGCAUUUAUCUUAGUACAUCCCUUUUUACAAAUCUGUUGGAACUACUGAGCAUUUAGACAGUCAGUGUCAAACUCAUUAACACAAGCAUUGGGCUGAUUCAGCAGUGAUUAAAAGCACCAAGUCUGAAAGCUAAAAGGAGCACAAAGCUUUUAAGGUUUAAUGUUGCUAAAUCAUCCACCUCUUUUGUUGCAGUUUUUACUUAAGUGUCCCCCACCAUCAGUCAGCCUACACCCUACAUGUAGUUUUGACUCUUAAUUACUCGCUGAGAACAAAUAUUACCUAAACUGUAGAAAACAUUGCAUUCACGACGCCUGAGUGUUUCAAACCUGAAGUCAAUGAAGCCACCAACCAUCAAAACGGAUAUCGAACAUGACUGUGGACCGGUGGUGGCCUUACCAAACUGACAGUGCCAACGUGGUAGCUUUUCACAGAGGUGCAUCUUUAAAAGCUGUGCAGUGUAAGUAGCUUCUGUCAGUAGUGUCAGUCGGUGUAGGUCUGUGGUGCUUUAGGGAGUUUAGGCCUUUGCUGUUCUCUGUAGCCUUGUGUUUCCGUGUUGUGAGGACACCUCAAGGUAUGUAGACUGUAACACUGGAUAACCUGAGACAAUUUUUAUGGGUAGGUUUGUUUUCUUCUGAGGAUCUUUUGCUCCCACAGUCAAGAGUACUGUGCACUUUUUGCUACUUACUGGCUCCUUCCCUUGUUGUUGUUCUGGAUGCUAUGUUUCUAUCAUCAAGGAUGUCUCCAGUUUUCUUCAGCAUGUCCGGGGAACUUGGGCUGGUUGGUUUCAGAUUUGAAGGUGGAGCUGGCUCUUUGAUAAAGGAUCAUAUCUGCUUGUGAACUGAAUUGUCUUUAUUCUCAGUCCCUUGGAAACAUUUUGCAUUUGAAUCUUGUGAAUCAUCAGUUUAUAAAACAAAACCUGUCUGCCAUUUCUUGUCGGUUAUGUGCUUUUUUGUGUUUCAUGCAAAUGUCAUUUUGUUUAUGUUUUUUUUACAACUUCUUAUUGGUGUUCACUGGCCUGGCAGUUGUUUCCCUUCUUUUAAUGUAAGCGUCUGAAAUGUAUUUAUGAUGGAAAUACAUUCUUUUUUUGCAGUUAAAUUUUUUAACCUUUUGUUCACUUUGACCCAUUGACGGCUGAUCCAGUAAGAGUUUCGUACAUGCAGCCUAGAUCGAAGCAAAAUAUGACUGUGUUAUCAAUGUUAUUUUAACAAUAAAACACUUCUAUUGCAGUGUGAA